AUGGCUACCUCGGAGAUUGAACAGUUCUCAGAGAUCCAAGUCUCCUCUUUGACUGAGAAGAAUAUCAUCACCACAGAUAGCGAUGAGGUGGUGGACCCUCAUAAGCCGGAGAAAAGCCUCGUCUCGGAUUCAUACCUUUGGCAACUUGGCGAUGAAGAACCUGCCGAAGGUGAAUUGCAUGGUCCCAAUGCGCUGCGUCGUGUAUCAGCCCCCAUCCCAUGGGCUGUGUACACGGUCGCCUUCGUCGAACUGUGCGAGCGAUUCUCUUACUAUGGAACUCAAGUUUUGUAUUCGAACUUCGUGAACCAUUCCCUCCCUCAGAUCAAUGGCCCUGCCGGUUCGAAUCACUACACUGGUGCUGGUGGUGGGUCCUCUCAGGGUGUCUCUGGAGCUCUGGGUAAAGGUGUGGAGACUGCAAACGGAGUCAACACAUUCAAUACCUUCUGGUGCUAUUGUGUGCCACUCUUCAGCGCUUGGCUGGCCGAUGAGCACUGGGGCCGAUACAAGACUAUCUGCUGGUCUAUUGCGGCUGCGAUCCUGGUCAUCACUAAUACCAAUGCUUGUUUUGGUGUCUUCAUGCUUGGUGUCAUUAUUAUGGGCCUGGGCACUGGUGGUUUCAAGCCAAAUAUCUCCGCGUUGGUCGUUGAACAAAUCCCCGUGGUGAACUUGAAGGUGCGCACGCUGCCCUCUGGUGAGCGUGUGAUCAUUGAUCCUACAAUUACUCAGAGCCGAAUUUACCACUACUUCUACCUCUUCAUCAACAUCGGCGCCCUCAUCGGCCAGAUUGGUAUGGCCUACGCUGAGAAGUACGUCGGCUUCUGGUUGGCUUUCCUUCUCCCUACCAUUAUGUUCUUGACCACUCCCUUCGUGAUGUGGUGGGGUCGCAAGCGUUACCGUCAAACUCCUCCUCAGGGCUCCGUGACUUCCAAGGCUAUCCGAGCUUUCAUGUUUGCUCUCCGUGACCGCUGGCAUUGGAACCCAGUCAAACUGUGGAAGCGCACUCACGAUGGCACCCUGUGGGAAGCGGCAAAGCCAUCCAACAUCCCACCCCACUUGCGCCCUGCAUGGAUGACCUUUGACGAUGCCUGGGUGGAUGAGGUGCGCCGUGGUUUUGCUGCAUGUGCCGUCUUUUGCUGGUAUCCGCUAUACUGGCUGGCAUACGGCCAGCUGACCAACAACCUGACCUCCCAAGCCAGUACCAUGACUUUGCACGGUGUACCCAACGAUGUCGUCAACAACUUGGAUCCCUUUGCCCUGAUCAUCUGCAUUCCUCUAUGUGACGCCUUCCUGUAUCCUGGACUCCGCAAAAUGGGCUUCCAGUUUACUGCCAUCAAGAAGAUCUUUGUCGGUUUCAUUUUUGCAGCUAUUGCCAUGAUCUGGUCUGCUGCUGUGCAGUACUACAUCUACAAGACAUCCCCUUGUGGCUACAAUGCUAACGAUUGUUACACCGCUGAUGGCGCUAUCCGUGCGGCACCUCUCAGCGUCUGGAUCCAGACCGGUGCUUACAUUUUUAUCGCUUUGUCGGAGAUCUUCGCAUCCAUCACUUCUCUCGAGUAUGCGUACUCCAAGGCUCCACGAAACAUGCGUUCCCUGAUUCAGGCUAUCUCCCUUUUCACUAAUGCCAUCUCCGCCGCCAUCGCUGAGGCUCUGAACCCACUGUCCAGUGAUCCUCUGCUGAUCUGGAACUACGGUGUCUUUGCUGUUUUGGCUGGUGUUGGUGGAUUUGGAUUCAUUUGGCAAUUCUGGAGCCUGGAUAAGGAAGAAGAUGAGCUGAACAACUUGCCUGAGGGCCAUGUCAUGGCAGAUGAGAAAGCCGUUGUGGCUACUCUCGAAGCUGCUGAGAUUGGUCCUGUUAAGGGAUAA